GCACCAAGUAAAACCAUCACAAAAGCUUACGAGAAGACAGUAAAAUUACGAUGAAGAAGCAAGUUUUUUCUUGUGCCCUUUUCCUCCUCUGCCUCAUUUUUCUUGGCACAGCGACUCUGGGUGUUGAAGCUGGGACUUGCAAGCCAAGUGGCAACUUAAGAGGGAAAAAGCCUCCACCAGGGCAAUGCAACCAAGACAAUGACUCGGAUUGCUGUGUGGAAGGCAAGCUUUACACUACAUAUAAGUGUUCACCUCCGGUUUCAAGCCACACAAAGGCAACCCUAACACUCAACUGCUUUGAGGAGAAUUGUGAUGGUGGUGCACCAUCAGAAUGUGACAGCCUGUACCACUCUGAUAAUGAACCUAUAGUGGCACUCUCAACAGGGUGGUACAACAAGGGCAGCAGGUGUUCGAAUUACAUCAAUAUCCAAGGCAAUGGAAGGACUGUCAAGGCCAAGGUGGUUGAUGAAUGUGACUCUACAAUGGGUUGUGAUGCUGAUCAUGAUUACCAACCUCCCUGCCCUUACAACAUUGUCGAUGCCUCAAAAACAGUCUGGAAGGCCUUGGGGGUGCCAGAAAGUGAUUGGGGGCAAAUGGUUAUAUAUUGGUCCGAUGCCUAAUUAUCAUGUUUAUAUAUGGUGUCUAUUUGCAGUUAGAAUACAGGUAUCAUCUCCUGUAUGUUAUGUUGUAUGUACAAGUCUAGCUACCCCCCUCUACGGCUCUACCUGUUUUGUAUUAUGUUCUACGUAUUUGAGAGGUGAAGCAAUAAAAUUGUACUUCUUUG